AAAAGCACCUACCUCGAAACCUCACUCAAUUAUUCCUUCAUACAUAUAUUUCCAACUCUCUAUUUAACUCAACACUUCACAACUUCCCAUCACACUCUCAAAACCCCUACUCUCUCUUUUUUUCUUCUUUAUUUUCAACUCUCAUCCAUUCAAAUUCAUUCAUUCAUUCUCAUGGAACAAGAACCCAAUUACAGAGGUGUUCGUAAGCGUAAAUGGGGAAAAUGGGUCUCCGAAAUCCGCGAACCGGGCAAAAAAACCCGAAUUUGGCUCGGUAGCUACCACCUCCCGGAAAUGGCCGCCGCCGCUUACGACGUCGCCGCACUCCAUCUCCGUGGCCCCGAGGCCCGCCUCAACUUCCCCGAGCUGGCCGAGUCCUUCCCCCGCCCGGCCAGCUCCUCCCCUGACCACAUUCAGGCCGCUGCCCACAUGGCUGCAUUGCAGUUCGCCAACACCAAACCGCCCGAACCGCCGGCGCCGGUUCGGGUGGGGCUGUCCCCUAGCCAGAUUCAGGCCAUUAAUGAGUCGCCGUUGGAUUCUCCGACCAUGUGGAUGCAGAUGGCGGCGGAGGCGCUUUCUUUACAGCCUCAUGAUUUGGACGAAGAAUAUUAUAACAUGCACCAUCAUUCUAUUUGGGAUUAUUCUUCACUCUAAUUACUGUUAACUUAAUUAAUUCUUAUUAUUAGUACUAAUUCCUUCUUCUAAUUAAUUAAUUAACUCCUUUUUUUCCACUUUAAAUAUAUAUGUAUUAUUCCUUUCCCCCAAUGACCCAUCCUACAUAUGUUGUAUCAAUGAUGAGUGUGACUCAAAA